AUGCUCCAAAAAAUGAACUUCUUCUCCGAAGAUUUCAACUUGGCUAGCGUUCUCGAGAUACUGAAAAGUAACUACAACGAACGGAAACAUUUAUUGAGUGAAGUAAAUUGCGAUAUCCUUUCAACACAAAAAAGGAUGGAAGGUCUCAGCAAGUAUGAAGUAAAUUUACUUAAGAAGCAGACACAAAUUAUUUUGUACAUGAGGAACGGUUAUCAAAGACUCAAUAAUGUGAGCUAUGUUAAGUACCAUUUACCUUACUGUGUUCAGCCCAAAACGAAUAACACAGAUAUAUGUGAAUCAAAAAAUGGACUCCAAAAAAAUGCCAAGAAAAAAAAUUUUUUACGGGAACUGAAUCUCAGGAAAAAAAUCGCCCAGUACAAGGUAGACCACUUUGUCAGGAAGUACACAGGAAAAAUCAAGGGGAGUAACAUAAUACACACGCAGAUGGCAGAGCUAUAUGAGGAAAAAUCUGCAGUUGAAAUUUUUGUAAAAAGCAAGAGGGAUGGCAAAAACAACUUUGACCUUAUCGUGGGUCACAUUGUCUUUUUCGAUUACCGCGCAAACGUCUUGCUUCAGAAUGUAGUGCAAUUUGUGGCGUCGGGCGAGCGGAGACUUCCGUGGAUGUUUAUUCAGUCAGGCAGCAUUUUAUUUUUACGCAAAGCUACCUAG